GGAGGGAUGCUUCAGUUCCCCAGGAAACAUCGGCAGAAGUCAAAUUAGGGCUGGCGCACGCACAUUUGCAGACUUAUGGCACAGGCAUGGCUGAAAUCAAUGUGCGGUCCCCCGCUGCUGGGCAGACGCAUAUCGUGCUGGAUGCAAUCGCCAGAGCCAUCAACUAUCAGCACCCGGCCGCGGCGUUUGAGGAGAGUCCCAUCAGCCGCGACGCAUUGAAUCGUCUGCACACUGCAGCAGCCGAACUCCACUCUGAGAAAACCCGCGCAACACAAGUUCUGGAAGAGCGGUUACUCCAAAUGGCCGCCUGUAAAGUGGAACGCCCCUCCCCGUCUUUGCCGACCAGGUCUACUGCCGAAGAGGAAGGAGGAGGCGGUGAUACUGGGAGAACAGGCAUGGGACAAAGCCUUCCCUUGUCCCAUCCAACGGACAAGGCGAUGCUCGCCUGGCUCCCCUGA